ACACAAGGACGUGCGAGGACACGCGAGGACGUCUGAGGACACGCGAGGACACGCGAGGACGUCUGAGGACACGCGAGGACACGCGAGGACGUCUGAGGACACGCGAGGACGUCUGAGGACACGCGAGGACACGCGAGGACGUCUGAGGACACGCGAGGACACGCGAGGACACGCGAGGACGUCUGAGGACACGCGAGGACACGCGAGGACACGCGAGGACAGGAGGAUGCCGCUGAGGGCGUCUCUGCAGCGGAAGUCUGGGUCUGGGUCUGGGUACUGGUCGGGCCGCAGCCACAGGAGGAAGGCGGUGCUGUCGGUCAACAUGAUCAGCCUGCCGCUGGCAGACUUCCGCCACGUCACCCACAUCGGGAACGACGCCCACGCAGACAGCUUCGGGGACCUGUCCUUCCUGAAGCGGGGACACAGCCUGCUGCUGCAGAGUUCCCAGAGCGAGCAGAACAUAUUCCUGGCCUGCUCCCCGCCCCCCAAGCCCCCACGCCUCAACCUGGACGAGCCCCCGCACACAGACAGCCCCGGGGGGCCAAGCAGCCCCCACAGCUCCUCCCAGAGGAAGACCAAGUGUAACUCCAUGCCCCUGCUGGACAGUGAGGUGGAGGAGCAGGGUCCCUGUGGGGCCAGCACCAGGCGCAGGGUGGGGGACAGUUACAGCCCUGGCGGAGGCAGUCUGAGCUCAGAGAGAGACGGAGACUCCACCCUGACCUGCCCCGAGGACUCAACCCUGACCUGCCCCGAGGACUCAAUCCUGACCUGCCCCGAGGACUCCACCCUGCAGGAGGACGACUGCGGCUUCUCCUUCAGCCUAGACCUUGGCCCCUCCAUCCUGGACGACGUGCUACAGGUGAUGGAGAAACACCAGCACUAAACAAGAGGACAGGUCCCAUGUUGGAGUUCAGUAAAAGGUCUUCACUGGCAGGAUUUGGCGGUACUAGCCCUGGAACCUAACCUCACACUAGACCUAUUUCUUACCUACGUCAGAGACUAUAAGAAGAUAUUGCAGAGGCAGAGGACAUGCUGAUAUAAUCUUUAAAUCUUUAAAACAAAACUGUUUGAACAGAACUGUGGCCUCACUCAAUUAGCAGCACGUAAGUGUACGUAAGAGGUGAUUGGUUGACGAAGUUACAACAUCAAAAGUGUGAGAAUCCAUCCCACUGGCAAGAAUUCUGUUUCUUUUAUUAAUGUAUCUAUUUCCACUACUUAUACUUAGUUUAGCAAACCAUCUUUUUGAGUCGUAACCAGUUUAUAGAAAACGUUCAUGCUAUAUACAUAUAAAUGAUCUAUCGGAAUGAAAGAGUAACUUUGACUUUGUUCUUUGAGGGGUCGAAGUUCAUGUUCUUUUAGCUUUUAUCUGUCACAGCAUUUGAUAAAGUCUGUGUCCAGUUAAUCAUUUAACUUCUAUUUCUGUCAAGCUCUAGAACAGUGAAGAGAACAUUCUAGUCCAUCUUUCUCAUUCUACACAUUUUUCCUGUUUUCUCACCAAGGUGAUUGUUGACUAAGUGUUACGUUGGGGAGAAGAAAAAUCCCUCCAGGCUUUUCAAGGUCCCUGAGCUGUUAGGAUUUGGCUUUCUUGUUCCUCCGCAAUUUCUCCUCUGCACGCUUUCCAGAGGCAGUCCUGCAGGGUGCACGGAGGUGCCCCCAUCUCUACUGCUCAACAACACAGUGAAAACAAACAUUUGGCUCUGCUUCCAAUAAAGACAGCCAGUAGUGGCAGGCCAGGCUGCAACCAGAGGCCCCCCGCCCCCCGCAGAGACGACACCAGCCAGCAAGAGCUGUUUUCUCAGCUGUAAAUAGCAGUCCCUGGUUGUGCUGAGUGGCGCGGGAGUGGGUAGGCGGCAAGGGGUAAGCUGAUACUUCCACAUGUUGGGGGCCCAGAGACAUCCAUUACUGCCCAGGCCUGCUGAUGAGGGUUUAAACAGUACCUGCUGAACAAACAAGGCCCGAACCCCCCCCCCACACACACACACACCCACCACCCUGGCCCCCUGGACCUCAUAGCCACCUGCCAGGGGACCCAGGCUCCAGGCCCCUUGCUAGCAUAGGAACAGCAUCAGAUCAAGUCCCUUUAUCUGCUCUAUGCAUCUUAUUAUACAUCUGGUGUAAUAUACUUCAGGGUGUUAUUUAUUAUUGUUUAUGAAAAUAACGCUGGCUGAGAAGAGUGAGUGUCUUACUGUACAGAGUGUUGUAUUAUUCUCUACGGGGAACUCAAAAUCUUGUCAAAUUCAAAGAAUUGCACUGAUGAGCAUUCUGAAAGGCUUGUAUAAAACUGUUUACACAC